UUUGUCAAAAUGACAUGUUGUAGUUGAUUCGGCAAAAAUUUUUUAAAAUGCAAUUAGUUGCAAAAGUCUAUCUUUUCAGAAGUCCUUAUACGAUAUGCUUCAUUUCUGAAGAUAGCGUUACAUUGUCCAACGAAGAAAAGUAUAAAUCUAUAGGAGUAAAUGUUAUCAAAAAGAAAGUAAUUAGUGGCGAUGAAUUGAGUAAAGAUGUGAAUGUUCGAAGUUCAAAUAGAAAAAUCCUUAAAUUAAGUACAACAGCUCUAUUUCUACAACCUUUUUUAAGAGAGUGCUUGAAUUCAAAUAUAUAUAGAACAAACGUGUUGUUACAUUUGAGUAAAUUAAGUGAAGAAACAAAUAGCAGAACUGUAUUUUUGAAACUCAUUUUAGAACCACCAGACAAAGAAGUCAUUGAUUAUUUAUGGAAUGACAAGUUGCUACACUUAAUAUGGAUGCGGGUAGAAAUAGAAAAUGCCUUCUCUUGGCUUUCUACAUUGGGAGGAGCUUAUUCAGCACUGGGGGACUAUUUCGAGCAUUGUGCUGAAGAAGCAGGGAGAAUAUCAAUCAGACAAUAUAAAUUAUCCAAAAUGUUGGGUGAUGAGGGUCUUGCUGCUAGGAGCAGGUUGUAUUCAGCUUUGGCUUACGCUCAGAAAGGUCAACUUAAAUUAUCCAGGCAUAUCAUCAGAAAUGUUGCAGCAUUCGCAAGAGAUAUACAUGAUAAUCGUCUAAAUCGAAUGUGUCAGGGUGUAUGGGCUAAGAUAAAGUACUUAAAGCAAUUGAAAUGUUCAGCUUAUAGUGAGAAAUAGUUUAAUUCCAUUUAUAAUGUUUUGUUUAUCAUGUUUAUAUUAUGUUUUUGUGGUAAUGCAAGGAUGUGUUAUAGAUUGUUGUUGAAGUAUAGAUAACUUUAAAAGCAUGUGCCUGUAAAAAUGAUAUAUUGUUAUUGUGAUUUGAAGUGUAAGGUGAUAUCUUCAUAUCUCAUGAAAAUAAUAUUUUGGCAAAUUUUUUCUAAUAGUUAACAGAUUAUUAGUAUAACUUCUAUAUGACCUAUGAAUGUUGAAUUUGUAAAAUCUGAACAACUUGCAUUUUUACAUUUUCAUAUAUAUAUAUAUUAUACUAAAAGUGAAUUGCAAUAAAAUGUUGAAUUACUUA